UCUGCGCUCCUCGGGUUAAUGAUUUGCUGGUUAUCUCGUACUUAGUACUUGAGCGUGGAGUUUGGAGUCUGCCCUCCCCUCCGAUAAAACAUAAUAGGAGAAGCUCGGACUUGAUUUGCCUUUCUUUUAGUGCCACUUCAUCCACUGACUCCUUUUUCUCCCUGGGUCGGUUUUGUCUGUUCUGGCUGCAGAGACAGGACACAGGAUGUUAACUCUGGUCGUGUUCUUGCUUUGUACAGCCUGCUGUGCCUCAGCUUCUGCCAAAGGUGGUGCUGCUGGACCCCGGCUGAAUAACAACCAGCUGUACAAAUUCAGCUACACAACUGAUGUGCUGUUGGACAGGAGCACGGGGUCAAAAGAGGGCAGCGCUGGCUACAGGAUCUCCAGCGAUGUUGACAUCAAUCUAGUUUGGAGAGAUCCCAGCAGCAAAGAUGACCAGCUGAUUCAACUGGCGAUCUCCAAUGUGAGGAUCGAGCAUGCGUCGCCUCGAUCUGAGAAGAAGAACGUCCUCCAUGGAUCCACGGCAGAAGGCGUUUUGGGGAAGACCAAACUAGCAGCUCUGUCAAAACCUUUCCUUGUGCAUCUGAAAAAUGGAAAGGCAAAAGCAUUUUAUUCCUACUGGGCCGAACCUGCAACCAUCAAGAACCUUAAAAGAGGGCUGGCCAGCUUACUGCAAGUACAGCUCAAAACUGGGAUGGUUAUAGAGAAUGAUGUGUCUGGAAGGUGCACGAUCGAGUACAAGGCAGUCAAAGGUCAAGUAACAAGAACUAAAAACCUGGAGACGUGUAAGACUGCUGAGACUGGAUUCACCACACACAGUCAGGUGUUGGGCGUGAACAGGAAGUCCAGUUCUGUUACAGUGUUCACACUUGAAGAUGGUUUUAUCCGCUCAGCUGUGGCUGAAGAAACACACCUGUUGGCCGUUAAUGCGCACAGAUCUGCUGCGGCUAAAGUCGUGUCCAAACAAGCCCUCACAUUGGUAAAGACAGAAGCUGGACCGCUGGAGGCUGCUGGGAAAGAUGUAGCUGGGGUUGUCAAGUCAAUCGAUGCCAAACUGGCUGCUGUCGGUAUUGUGGCGGAGAAGGUCAAGUCCCAGUGCAAAGGAUGUCCAACACUUUUUGAACACUGGCAGGCCCAACAGAAGCAGCUGGAGCCCACGACCCUGUCCAAAGCCACGGCUCCUCGCAGCUUCCUGGCUCUCAUCCAUAGCAUUAGGAAGGCAUCCAAGGACGAGAUCCUCAAAGUGCUGAAGAGUGCCAGCAAGACAUCUCUACCUCAGGUGGUGGAUGCUGUGACAUCCUCCCAGACCGAGGAAUCUCUAGAUGCCAUGCUUGAAUUCCUUAACUUCACAGAUGCCAAAGGUUUGGUUCUGCAGGAGAGGUUUCUCUACGCAUGUGGCUUUGCUUCACAUCCCAAUGAGAAGAUGCUCCAGGCUCUGCUGGAUAUUUCAAAGGGAAAGUUUGGCAGCAGUGACAUUAAAGAAUCAGUGGUGAUCAUCAUGGGAGCCCUGGUCCAGAAACUGUGUCAAAAAGGAGGGUGCAGUUUACCGACGGUGGUGCAGGUCAAGAAGCUCCUUUUAGAUGGGCCGGACAGUACACAGGUGGAGUCCGAGGUCCAGAUGUAUCUCCUUGCUCUGAAGAACUCCAUGCUUCCGGAGGCCAUUCCCCUUUUCACCAAAUACGCAGAGUCAGAGGUGGGAGCUUAUUGCACCAUCGCCCUCACUGCUCUGCAGAGAUACGACGUCAAGCUCAUGACAGAUGAGGUUAAACGUACAGUGAACAGGGUUUACCACCAGAAUCGACGCAUUUAUGAGAAAAACGUGAGGGCUGCUGCUGCUGACGUGAUCCUCAGUAGCAACCCGUCAUACAUAGAGGUCAAAAAUCUGCUUCUGUCUAUUGGAAACCUUCCCCAUGAAAUGAACAAAUACAUGCUGUCUAAGAUCCAGGACAUCCUCCGCUUCCAGUUGGCUGCCAGCAAAGUUAUACAAGAAGCUAUGAAAGACAUGAAUUCCCACAACUACGACCGUUUUGCCAAAGUUGGGUCAUCGUCUGCAUUCUCAGGAUUCAUGGCACAAGCUGUUGAUGUGACCUCCACAUACAGUUUGGACAUCUUGUAUUCAGGCUCUGGCAUCCUGAGGAGAAGCAACAUGAAUAUUUACGGUGCUAGUAAUGGAGCAAUGCUACAUGGACUCCAGGUGGCAAUUGAGGCCCAGGGUCUGGAGUCACUGAUUGCUGCCACACCCGAUGAGGGAGAGGAAAACCUGGAGUCAUUUGCUGGGAUGUCGGCUCUUCUGUUUGAUGUCCAGCUGCGACCGGUCACGUUCUUCAAGGGUUACAGUGACCUCAUGUCCAAAAUGUUCUCCAUGACUGGGGAGCCCAUGAAUGUAGUGAAGGGUCUCAUCCUGCUGACUGAUCAUUCUGAGGUGAUCCAGUUACAGUCUGGUCUGAAGGCGAAUGCAGAGUUCCAAGGAGGUUUGGCAAUUGACAUCUCUGGAGGCAUGGAGAUCAGUCUGUGGUACAGGGAGUCCAAGACCAGCGUCAACAACAGGGGAGCGUUAGCAGUCACUGGCAACGUAACAGUGGACAUGGACUUUAUGAGAGCGGGUGUGGAGGUCAGCUUCGAAACAGAGGCAUCUCUUGACUUCAUCACUACAGUCCAGUUUUCCGAAUAUCCCUUCUUGGUAUGCAUACAGAUGGACAAAGCUACCUUCCCCAUCAGUGAAUACCUGACCAAGUACGAGAGCUUGUCGUCUGGGAAGAGCGUUAUGUCACGCAAGAGCAAGAAGCAACUCAUCUCGGGCUCUGAAUUCCCUCUUCACCAGGAGAAUUCAAAUAUGUGCAAGAAGGUUUUUGACUCCAGCUGGUAGAAGAAAUACGAUGAACUAUCCACGAACAAGUUGUCCUUCUUACAGCCAGAGUAUUGUCACUCAAAGGUUUAUUGCAUUCAGGACAGCUGCCACACCUCAGGCUCGUGCAGUAAGACUGUAAGAGAGAAAAGUGACGAAUGUUUUGUUUUUUUAACAACACAUGCAGCGUUUACAUUCCUGUGAGUAUUUAAGUAAGUUUAAUUUGCCAUUUCCUUCAAAAAUUGGGAAUUCUUUAGUUGCCUUUUUAUGGAUUUCCUUGAAAAUGUAUUUAUGAUGGGCACACACAGGAUGUAUGUUUUAUUUUAAAGAGUAAUGCUCAGCAAGAAUAAUACCACUCUAGUUUUCCCAACACAGUUACAGUAAAUAUCACACUGGAGACAGUGGAUUAACUUUCCCCAUGAACAGAAACGCUCCUUUCUGUCAACAUUCCUUUGUUUUGUUUUUUUUAAUUUAAAAUGUUUACUAAGGAGGAGCAGUUUAUUGUUUUAUGUCACUGUAUCACUGUUCACACACUUGAAAUAACUUAUUGAGCAAAGUAAUAUCAAUUAAUUACAUUUUUUUAUGAUUACGUGGGUGAUAUUUAAUUGUCCUUACUGAGACGAUGAGUGUGCAUUGUCUUUACUUUGUACUUUCAAGAUUUGUGGUGAUAAGUGAAUCUUGAGAAAUGAAUCCAUCAAUACUUGAAUAUAUUUUUUUUUGUAUGUGGUUGUAAUUGCUCUGUUUGUCUGAACGACCAUGGAAGCUGUAAGACUUUGGAGCUUCUCUGAACUUGUGUUAACAUUACUAAGGGUUUAUUAGAUCUGUAAUUGGCUGACAAUAAAUGUGCACUGGACCCAA